AUGACCAGCUCGAAGGACGAAAACAUCGUCGACAAGACAGGACGGGCCUUGGCGCCAGCCAUGAACUGCAGUGUUGAGUGUAAGUCUAGCAGCUGCUCCAUUGACCCAGAGAUUGACAGCCAGGAGGCCUGGGGAGUCCUGCAACAGCUCUGCAGUUUCACCCCGGUAAAUAUGGAGGUGCAGCGAAGGCCUCUCUCUUCCGUGCUGUGUGCAGUGGUCUGGACCCUGCUCUCCUGCGGGAUCAUGCUGGCACUCUUCUUUCUGGGCUUUACCCUGCGCUUCAGGAAUAACAGGAUAGUGAAGAUGUCUAGUCCGAACCUGAAUGUACUGACCCUUUGUGGGAGUGUGCUGACCUACAGCAGUGGCUUCCUGUUUGCCAUUGAGGAGCGCUCAUUGCUGCCAGGAACCAGCCCAAAGACAAUACUGCAGGCUCGUGUCUGGACUCUGUGUAUCGGCAGCUCUCUGGUGUUUGGACCCAUCCUGGGAAAAACCUGGCGGCUCUACAGAGUGUUCACACAGCGCGUGCCAGACAGGAGGGUGAUCAUCAGAGACAUCCAGCUGAUGGGUCUGGUAGCACUGCUGAUUCUGGUGGACAUUCUGGUUCUGGCCAUCUGGAGCCUGACUGACCCAGUUCAGUGUGCAAGGUCCAUUGGGGCUGUGGUGAAGGUGGUGGAGCGGGACGUCUCAUACUCUCUGUCCCAGCUGGACUCCUGCUCCUCGUCCUACUCAGACAUCUGGGUCAUCCUCCUCUCUACGUUGAAGGGCAGCUUGCUCUUCUAUGGGACGUACUUGGCUGGUCUCACCAGCAAUGUCAGCUCCCCUCCAGUUAACCAGUCCCCUACCAUCAUGGCAGCCGUCUGUUUGGUAACCCUGUCUGCGUCGGUCAUUGUCCCCAUCUCAAAGCUCCUGCAUGCCUGGCCCAAUGUGGUCUACAGCGUUAUCACGGGAGCCAUCUUCAGCUGCACACUCGCCAUCAACUGCCUGCUGUUUGUGCCACAGCUGACCCAGUGGAAGCAGUUUGAAGAUGAGUUAAAUCCCAGCCCUAGUCAGAUGGCCAAGUAUUUCAGCAGCCCCAGCAAAAGCUUGCACUCCAUGUACAGCGAGGAUGAGAUAUACUACCUGCUGGGGGAAAACAACUCCAUGAAGAGGCUUCUCACUGAGAAAAAUGCCAUGAUUGACAGCUUGCAGGAGCAAGUGGAAAAUGCCAAGGACAAGCUUCUGAGGCUAAUGUCUGCAAGUAGUCCCCCUGAGGAGCAAGAGAUGGACUCUAACACCACCAACCUCAACUCCUCCACCACACAGGUGAUGGAGUUGCAGCCAGAGCCCUCUAUUCCCCUGCUGGAGACAGAAACUGAUCCUCCUUCUGCUCAUCUUACAGCAGACCAGCUGCAACGGGGUGCACAUGACCAUGUCACACACAGCCCUGAGGGGAAGCUGGAGUGUGUGUCACACAUUGUGAGAGUGAACUGUGACUUUGAGCGAGUACAGCUUCAGGUGAUCACUGGCCCUGCAGGUUCCUCUGGGCUUGGGAACUCCAUGACGGAGGACCCGCCUCAGGUCAUUGCUGUGCCUAUCACAAGAAGUUCUAAAGAUUCCCCUCAGCUGCCCACUGAUUUGAGCCUGACUGAAACCAGGCCGUUGGACCCCUCUGGAGAGCAGAUGACAGUGGCAGUUACGGGGAGCAAGCCGGGCUUUGUUAGCAGUGAGCAGCUGCAGGAGAUCCUCCAGGACCUCUGUUUGGAUGCUGUCAGCACCUCCCUUAGGUCACCCAGGCAAGUGAGGAGCCCUUCAAACCCCAGCCUUAAUGAGCCCUCUGCCAGAUCGCUCAGGUCACCCCCAUCACCUGCCCACUUCUUCUACCCUAGUAUCUCUCCCUACGUCAUGAGGAAACGGAGGCCUCCCUUUCACACCUCCAGAGGGAAGACACCCCCUUAUUAUUACCAAGGAUCGGUGCCCCCCACAGGCCACAGGGGCAAGGCUUCCUCCCACAUGGGCAGACACAUGAGCACCAGCAGCCCUAAGGCCGAGCCUCCCAGUGUGGAGUCUCAGCCUCUUUGUACAGACUUGGGAAAAGGCAGCAAUGGAGUGGAAAGGGUGUUUGAGAGUGAGGCCAUACAGGUCCCACAGAGAAGGGGGAGGUGCGGUUUGAAAUGGGACAUGCAUAAGCCAUGCAUGAUCUCACCUUUCUCCACAUCCCACCCAGAGCUCCCGACCAUUAAAAUGGAGGGCUUUCAAGGAGUGCCGGAGCAGGACCAGGGCCCCUACAGCUACUCCGAUUCAGACUCUAGCAGCUCUGAAGACAACUACUGCUACUAUCACAGGCCGUACUGCAAUGCCUGCCUCCCAGGGCCAUAUGAGUCUACGGAGAGCACCAUCUCUGAAACCUCUGACAGUGAGUUCAGUAGCCUUCAAAGCUACUGCCGUCAGAACCAUCCAGAGGUCAAUUUUAAAGAGGACCUCAAACCUACCUUUGUCUAA